GUUUGCCCAGCCGGAGGGUCCAUCGCUGUUAGAAAACAUAUACGUACAAUGCGUGACGUUCCUGAGGAGUUAUCGACGCUCAUUUCAGAUCUAGAAACUUUCCUCUGUGAUGGCUUGAAAGGGGAAAAUUUGAGCAAGAGGGCAAAAGAAAGGAGGGAAGCCAUCAUCAAACGGAUCAAAGAGGUCAAGUCGAGUUACCCACAUGACUUCAAGGACAAAAUAGGUGGCGACGACUCAGAUGAUGAGGACGAAUUUGACAGCAACAAUGAAGGAGGGUCGCUGCAGUCAGAGCGCACAGACAAGGAUGAAGAUGCUUCUGAAUGUGCCCAGCAGUCUCCACCUGUGGCAGCUCAGGACCUGACGUCUGUCUUUAAGGCAGGAUACCUUGAGAAACGCAGGAAGGAUCACAGCUUUUUUGGCACAGAGUGGCAAAAGAGAUGGUGCGCUCUGAGCCAUCAAAUCUUCUACUAUUACGGCAGUGAGAAAGACAAGCAGCAGAAGGGUGAGUUCAGUGUUGCUGGGUACAAUGUCAAAAUGAACAACACCUUACGGAAAGACUCUAAGAAAGACUGCUGCUUUGAGAUUUCGGCUCCAGACAAGCGAAUCUAUCAGUUUUGUGCGUCAUCGCAGAAAGAGGCGGAUGAAUGGGUGAAAGAGAUAGACUUUGUUUUGAGAGAUAUGUCAGGCUGCAUCCCAGAAGAAGAGGACGACGAUCAGGAAACAUAUGAUGAUGUUGGACCUAUGCCGGAGCCAAUUGAUGAAGACAUCUAUGAAGAGCUUCCAGAGGACGACUUGCCCACUCCAGCAAUUCCCAUUCCAGUAAAGCCCACUUUAGCAAAGCCCACUCCAGCAAAGCCUCCUCCAAAGAUGGAGCCAUCAAGCAAGCCUGCUUCUACUGCCACAGUUGACAAGAGCACAGACUACCAGAACUUCUAUCAGGGUUUAUGGGACUGUGCAGGGGACCACCAGGAUGAGCUGUCCUUCAAACGUGGAGACGCCAUCUACAUCCUGAGCAAGGAGUACCAGAACUUUGGCUGGUGGAUUGGAGAGAAGGAUGGGAAUAUAGGAAUCGUCCCCAAAGAAUACCUGAUGGAGCUCUAUGCUAUAUAAAUACAGCCCUGAACAUUUCCUUCUUGUCCGCUGUUUAAGAGUGAUGAUGGAUACAUUUGUGUAUGACUUGAAAAUAGUUUUCUCUUGUAGCAACUAUUUGCACUGCUUGUUUUGUAUUUAUUUUCUAUCCAAGUUAAAUUUCCACCAUUCCAUGCUCUGCUUGUGGCAAAUUUGGUAUUUUCAACUGGCAAGAUGA